AGAACUCCUCGCAGAAGAACAAUGCUGGCGAUGGCUUCAUUGCUGGAGAAAAGUAGGAACAAUAACAAGAACCCUUUGUCUGCUUUUGCAGCGUCAUCUAUAGAACGCAAGAACAAAAUACAACGCAAGAAGAAGAUCAGCGACAUCAUCAAAACCCGACCUUUCAGUAGGCAAUCACUUCUUGAACGCGAACAUGCAACACCUACAAGAGACCUCUCUACUUCCUCAUCCCAACAAGAGGCAACUACUAUGUGUCAAUGUUGUGCGGACAACAUGGAGAAUCCAGAGUCGAAAAUGGACUCUCUAGGUCGCAACAUGGCCACAAUGGCACAAAAGAAGGCUUACUCCUUGACCAAUUGUUCUUUCUGGCUUGGGUGGAUGGCGAUGCGGUCUCCUUGCGAAAUGAACAAUGUGGACUAUGUUAUGGCGAAGGAAACUGUUUAGACUACUAAGAAAUUUAACUGUAUCGACUAUGUUAUGGCGAAGGAAACUAUUUAGAUAGAUAGAAAUUGAACUGUAUGGGCUAUUUCAACUAGCACUUUCCUAUCAGGUAGUACAUCAUCACAUGCGAUCAUGAAGAAGGAUCAUUAGCAUUAUGAAAGACACAUCAUGAACAUCUUCAUCAUGUCAUCCACUUUCUAAGUGUAGCAAGAUUCGCAACUCAAGUGGGACGCUCCUUGAGCAGAGCGAUGUGGCAGACUACCUUUCGGAGCUAUCGAACGAGUACCUGGGAAUCGACAGCAAUGGAAAAUUAUGGCGUACCAGUUUUUUAGUCUCCUGCAGGUGAAGGAACAAAGAAGUUGGCUUUAUAAAAUAUACUGUAGUUGCACUGGAAUCCAUGUGGAUUUUUACUCCAUAGAAAUACUGACUUUGAAAAGUCCUACGUAUAAAUCUCCAUACUUAUCGCAUAUUGCCACUUUGUUUCGGUCCUUAGUGAACCCUUACUCACGUAGUUGUAAUUUGUCAUAAUCGUUGUACUACCCUCGUUUGUUGCACAUGUCUAAGCAAUGACGACCCGGACGCAAACAAAAGCCCUUUUCGACAGCUCGAGAAGGAGCAUGGUGUUCAGGUGCUCCUUCUUAGCGCGGAUUUGGCGGUAAGGGAAUUGACCAAGGCAAGUAUGGGAGAUUUUUCACCAUUGCCAUUUGUUUUGGAACUCUUCGUGGUUUGGUUUUUGCUUGGGUCUAUACUGUUAUGCUCUGGAGUUUUCGGCUUGCGCUACUCGCCUCUGCGCGAGGUGGAUGGCUGCAUUACAUAUGACGAAUUUGAUGAAGAGAAAACGAGCAAAACGAGAGCCGUCUUGCCGAUAGGUGUUUGCGGUAUCACCUGUUUGGCGCCGUUGUUGAUGCUAUUGGGGCUUUUCUUCUCGUUUGGAGCUGCUAGCGGUGGGUUUUUUGGUGCAGCGCUAUCUUUCGACGAUACUACAGCGGAGAAAGUUUUGGAUGUUGACGUAGACGGCGAAACCGAGAAAGGCGCUCCUGUGACAUUUUCGAGCCUCAUGCUCUUCCGUCUGUUUUUCCCGAUGGUCUUGCUAUGGUUCUGGA